GCGCGCAGGCGCCCCACCCCUCGGAUGAGAUCUGGGCGACGGCCCGGAAGUGCGUGCGCGCCGAAAAGAUGGCGGCUGCGGCUGUGCCGCUGAGGGGACUGGGCCGACUCUGCCGCGUGCUGCUUUUCCUGUCACAGUUCUAUGUCUUGUCUGGCGGUGGAUCCUUAAAUUUAGAACAUUCGCAGCCGCUGGCUCAGUCAAUAAGGGAUCCGGGCCCAACACGUACUUUCACAGUAGUUCCCAGGGCAGCAGAAAGUACCGAUAUCCCACCUUAUGUGAUGAAGUGUCCAAGCAAUGGUUUGUGUAGCAGACUUCCUGCAGACUGUGUAGAAUGCAAGACAAAUUUCUCCUGUGUCUAUGGGAAGCCUGUCACUUUUGACUGCACAGUCAAACCUUCUGUUACCUGUGUUGAUCAAGACUUGAAAUCCCAAAAGAGCUUUGUCAUCAACAUGACUUGCAGAUUUUGCUGGCAACUUCCGGAACCCGACUAUGAGUGCUCCAAUUCCACGAGCUGCAUGGCGGUGUCUUGUCCUCGGCAGCGGUACGCUGCCAACUGCACGGUGCGGGACCACGUGCAUUGCUUGGGUAACCGUACUUUUCCCAAAAUGCUGUACUGCAAUUGGACUGGAGGCUAUAAGUGGUCCACUGCUCUGGCUCUGAGCAUCACGCUCGGUGGCUUUGGCGCGGACCGUUUCUACCUGGGCCAGUGGCGAGAAGGCCUCGGCAAGCUCUUCAGCUUUGGCGGCCUGGGCAUAUGGACGCUGAUCGAUGUCUUACUAAUUGGAGUCGGCUACGUGGGACCGGCGGAUGGCUCUCUGUACAUUUAGCUGUGGUUAUGUGCUUCCGACAGGAGCGGUGCUUGGAAGGAGGCCUUCUGCCUGUAGGAACUGAUGUGCUGUGAGUGUAUGUAUGUAUGUUUUUAAUGUACAGCAUCUGUACUUUGCCUGCCUUGAUGAAGGUAAAAUAAAAGAACACGGAACCAUGCUGAUCCGGAACUUGUUUUUAUUUGCCCGAAAUACGUUUUUUUCUGUGAAAAAUCUCAAUUUAAUUAAACUAGAGGAACCAACUCCGCAGUGAUUGAAAAUCGAGUUAAUUCCUGUGACUUCAGUUUUCUGUUGCUUAAGUCCAACUGUAUCAUGUGGAUCUCAGCCUGAUGUGACUGAAAAGCUUCAGCUGUGAUCGCAGAAAUGACAAGUGCUUUUAUUCUUCAGCCAAAUAAAGUUAUCUGCCCACACUUCAGUUCUCUGUAAGAUUCGCAGUCAUGCCUAUGUAGUCGGGUCUUUCUGUGUGACUCUCUAUGCAGGACUCGCGUGUCGAGUUGCUGUGGUUUGAAUUUUGUUAGUGCUGUAUGUAAAAGAUUGUGAGAGUACAGAAAAUAAAAUUGUAAGUUGCUGUAAGACA